CGUCGAGCUGUACAUCGUGCGUACAUUGCAGGCAUCGGUCAAAUCACAUACAGCUCGUCGCGAAUCUCUGGAAACCAGAUUCGACACAUCGCGUGCCUUUACUGGACCUACGGAAAAAGGACGAACCCGCAUCGAGCAAGUCUGCGAUCAUGUCCGCAUCUCAAGCAUACCCUCAGCUGGAUAACCUCUAUCCGGCACCUCCUUCCUCGAACCAACCCUCAUCCGAGUCCGCCCCGUCCUCCUCGAGACCCGCAGCUGGGCCCGGCGCAGGUUUCCCAGCCAAACCUCCUGCUCCUCCCGCCUCUGCAGGAUUCGGCAACUAUAGUUCUGCAGGGGGAUAUGGAGGUGCGGGUCCUUCCUCGGGUGUCUAUGGAAACGCUGGGAGGGCGCCGGGCCCGGGGAGCGGGAGGGGCUUGGGAGAGGGUGGGGAGAAGAAUGUCGCCCAGUUGAUCGUCGACCGGAGCAACAAGUUUCAACGAGCAUAUCAAACGCUCCUGGAUCGCUCGACACCGUUGACGACCCAAAGGUGGCUCGCUACUGGCUUCCUCUUCUUCCUCUUUGCCUUGAUUGUGGUUAUCGCUCAGGGAUGGUACAUCAUCUGCUACGCACUCGCUAUCUACCUUCUCAACCUGUUCUUGGCGUUCUUGCAACCCAAAUUUGAUCCGUCGAUACAACAAGACCUGGCUCAAGACGAUGUGGAAGAGGGAGCGCCCGGGUUGCCCGGUGCUGGUGGUUCGAGUUCAUCCAAGGGAGGUCUCAAGGGGUUGAUGAACGGAUUCUCGUCAUCUUCGAGCAACAACAACGGCGACGAGGAGGAAUUUCGACCGUUCAUCCGACGAUUGCCCGAAUUCAAGUUUUGGCUUUCGGCCACCAAGGCCACUCUGUUGGCCCUGUUGGCGACGACGACGAGGGCGACGGACAUUCCGGUCUAUUGGCCCAUCUUGUUGGUCUACUUUUUCACCCUGUUCGGGUUGACCAUGAGGAGGCAGAUUCAACACAUGAUCAAGUACCGUUACAUCCCGUUCGAUCUCGGCAGGAAGGCUACUUAUGGAAGCAAGAAGUAAAGAGAGGCAUUGACCGGUCCGAAGGGAAGGGGUGAAAGGCUCGCAGGGGUUGGAACGAGGGGAUGUACACGCACGGUAUCGACUGCGUUUUCUAGAGAGGGUUUUGAGUCGACGAUAGAUAUGACAUGUGUAUGACAUUUUCACA